UUGAAAAGCACUAUACGUUUGUAAAUGCAGUUGACCCUGAGGCUUAUUUUUGAGUGAAAAUAAGAAUAAGUAGGCAGAUGACAGAAGAUUCAAAAGUGGCUAAGGUUACUCUUCUUCAUAAAGAAGGUGAUAAGAAUUAUACAGGAAGAAAAUGAAGUAAAAUGAACAGCAUGAAGGAUCAGCAACCAUCAAGGUCCUCAUCCACCACACAAACAAGCUUUAUUCCUCGUCUACGACGAUCUCAGUCUCUUCGGGAAAAUGGAGAACAUCCUAUUUUGGCCCCUUUUAAUGAAGAGAUAAAAGAUUUUAAAUUAACUAUACCUUCUAGGCGACAUUCCAUUACAUCAAGAGUUCCUGUACCUAAAGUUGGUCAGAAGCAAUAUGGUUCUAUGGAGCUACAAGUAAGAAGUCGCAGCUCGAGCAUUGGAGAUCCAAGGAAUGGUCAAGAAUAUUCUACACCGUUAACUCCAGAUGAAGAAAAUAGUUCAGUAAAAAGUUUUGGGAGCUGUGCCACCUUCAUGUCAUGUGAUAUCACUCCAAGAGCAGCAUUUAGCAAGUCCUCAUCAUAUGGAGUCAACUGUACAUACCCUGAAAAGAAGUAUGUCCUACAUUGUCAGAGAAAAUACGAGUCUCCUGAAGAAUACCUUACACCAACACAAAGAAAAAACAGACAGAUUCGCCAGCUAAAGGCUGCAUUGGUCAGAGCUACAAGAGCUUGUGAAGUCAAAGAUGUUGAAAUUGAACGCCUUUAUGCAGAGAUUGAACGAUUACGUAGGACCCAACUGCAGAAAUCAGUCACAGGAUUUGAAAAUAUCUCUACGCCAACAGAAACUUCCAUUCUUUCCAUCACUGAAGACAUUAAGAAGAGUGAGAUGGUAAUCCAAGUGAACUCAAAUGAUAGGAAGUCACCACAUUGUGAAGACAGUGGUGUAAUCUCUGAUGUAGGAUCAUCAUCUCCUCCCGUUAUUUCCUCAUGUAGCUCUCAUCAGAAGUCAUUUGAGUCUGGUGCUGAUUGUAAUGCAUGUAAAUAUUCAGAGGAUGAAGACAAAAUCAAAGAAAUGCAUGUACACUUUAAUAUUGGAAAUACAGAGCCACACCAUUCUGUUGCAGGAUCCUCUUUGUCAGAUUCUUCAAGUGAGAUUUCUGACCUGUCUGGACAAAAUAGUAAUGUGGAGAAUGAAGAGUUAAGCCAUGACAGUUGUUUGACGCAAGAUAUUUGCAAGACAAAGGAACAACUUGAGACUUCACCUGUGACAAGUGGUAAUGACAACUUGGAUGUUUUUGGAUGUACAAAAAUUUUGAACUCCUCAAAUCAAGAUACUGAAUUGGAUAGAAGCCUUCGGGAAGCAGGGGGACAAAAUAUGCAUUUAAAAAUCAGUAAGAUGUAUCAGACUAACUCACCUUCCAAUGAAAAAAUUACACAUUGUUCCAGAAAUAGAAAUCUGGUCAUAUUUGAGGAAGAUGCAUUUGAUGACUAUCAAAAAGAGCUGGAAGAAUUGAAGGCUCAACAUUCUAUUGAACGGCAAGAAUUAAGAGAGAAGUACAAUGAUCGAAUUGAAAAUCUUCUACAUAAUCUGAGUGAGAUAAAUGCAAGAUACCUAGAGUUACGACCAGCCUACGAAAAAGCCCUUGAUCAGAUCAGAUACUUUGAGAGUCAGGUGGUUGAACUGAAGAAAGAAAUGGCAGCUCAAGAAGAGUGGCACAGCCAGAUGUACCUCAAAAUGUACAGAAAAGGACAAGAGGCAGCAAAGUUUGAGCAUGCAGAUGAAGUAUUGGAAUUUGCCCAGCGAGCACCUAAACGAGUCUCGGUACCUGAACUACUACAGCAGCUUCGUCAAACCAAACAAGAAUUAGAGCAAACCAAAGAAUUAUACAGAUGUGAACUCUACCGUCGAGCUACCACGGGGUCACCUCAUCACCAGGCCGAGUACACGUUAAAGUUCUUGAAAGAUGCUGUUUACUAUUUUCUUGUAGAUAAGGAUAACAAAAAUCAUCUUCGUGCUAUUGAAAGUAUCCUAGGGUUUUCAGAAAAAGAGAAGGAAACAGUCGCUAAAGUACUGAAACAUAGGAGAAUAUGACCUGUUUAUAUUGGUUUAAUUCUAUGCAUGUUAUGUAAUGCAUAAAGUAGCCUUCCACUUCUACACCCUAACUUGUCACAGUGGCUAAAGGUAAGCCACCAUAAACAUAGCAUUCAAAAUAAAAUCAAAAUGUUGGUUUUUAUCAGUCUGUUUUCCUGUGUAUCUAAAUGAAAAAAGUCCUAAGUUGUUAUCUGUGAACAAAAAAAAUGUUAUCAGCUUCCCAUUGAUAAAAUGAAAAAUAACAAACAUGUUGUUACAAUAUAUUAUGUUUUGACAAUUAAAAACAAUCAGAUAGUCAUUAGUAUUUAAAAUAUAAUGAGCAAGAAAUGCCAUACUAUAAUACUGCAAAAAAUUGGUUUAAUUCUGUGCCUAGUAAUGUAAUUUGUUUAUUGCUUUCCCUCUAAUAAUCUACCAAACUAAGUACUUAUAGAUGGCUGUUUUAAAACCACACACACAAUGUAAAUGUUUAUGAACUCAUCUUUAUUACAGGUUGUUUUUUUUAUUGUGUAUUAUUUAUCUUUUUUUUUUUUUUUUAAAGAGAUACCCUUUUUUAUCUGACUAAUAUAACCAUUCUCCCUUUAGUUCCACUGUCUUGAGUAGGGUGUUGACUUGGAGGUUUUUCAACAUGUUCUAGUUUCUUCUUGGCUUUAAUAUUUGGUGUUUUAGAUGUUCAUAAUAGUAACUGUGAAUAUAGGUAUCUAUGAAAUAUCUAGAAUUUUGUUUGAUGUGUAUAAACAGGCUUCCAGUAAAGUUAUAUUAGUCUAAGUACUUAAUUACAGUUUUCUUCUAUAAGUACAGUGUUAUACAUCCAUACUAAUGUCAAGCUUCUUUUUCUGGGUAAACAAUGUUUUUGAAGCAUAUAUCAACUAAACAAACAUUCAUGAAAGUUGAACGCAGAACACUAAAGCUUGUUUUUCUAAAAGAAAGUAUUUUAAAACUAACAUUUUUUUUUUUUUGAAUUAAAAGAAUAAUUUGUUUACCAUCAGCAAUGUUCUUGAACAACUGAAAAAACACCUGUAUGUAAAUUACAGUUUCCUCUAGGUGUUAUAAUUAAGCACAAUUUAAAGCAAGUUAAAAAUCAUAACACGGUGAGGAGUAAUAAAAGGGAUGGGCAUAAAUGUUACGCAAUGUAUCUGUAUGUUUUUGUGCACAUUGUCUUUAUCUGAAAAAGAAUUGCAACAUUUAUGCACAUAAUCAGUUUAAUUUUUGGUUAUAUUUUUUGAAAUAGAAUAGCAACAUCUUCACCCAAAAAAAUUCUAUCCUGAAUAUUAAAUUUCUGAAGUGUUACGUCCCAAAAAUCAGUAAAAGCUACAAUAAAUAUACACCAAUAUGAUUAUUUUCUGUUUUUACAUAGCUAUAUGUACUUACAGCAAAAUAUUUAGUAUCUUCACUCUUGACAAUGUGGAAUAAACUCCAAUAAAUCAUACAGCUGCAUCAUCUAAAGGUAACAUCAGAAUACUAGUUUAUACUUGUAUUUCAAGUCAACAAUGUUCUUUUUUAUAUGCCCAUCAAGACUUUUAUACUGCUUUCUUAGGUAUAAAUACUGGAAUAAUAGUGAUCUAAUGUCAUUUAUCUAUAAUAGAGAAUUGUACUUUGCUUUUAUCUUUUUACAUAAAGUAUUCCAAAAGGAAAAGUUUUAUGUUAGUAUUUUCAUGUGGAAGGUCACAAGAUAUGAAUAUAUUGUGAUAUCAGAAUAGUUGAAAUGUGUACUUGUUGCUUGACUCAGUAAGAUUGUGAAAAGGAUUUAUGGAAACUCACAAAUGUAAAUAUAUUGUGAUAUCAGAAUAAUUUGAAUCUGUAUUUGUUGCUUGACUCAAUAAGGUUGUGAAAAAGACAUUUGUAAAAUCAGUGUUUGAUUAUCUUGCUGACAUCAGAAUAUCCUGAAUCUGUAACUGUUACUUGACUCCAUACGGUUGUGAAAAAAAAAGUUUGAUUAUAUUUGUGACAUCGGAAUAGUUUGAAUCUGUAAAUUAUUGCUUGACCGAAGUUAUAAAAAAAAUACAUAUGGAGAGUAACAAACAUGAAUUGUUUGCAGUAUCAAAAUCUGUGAUUGUUAGUUAACUCAGUGAAGCUGUGAAAAAUGUAAAGCACAGUAAAAGUUAAUUUAUUAUGAUUCCUCAGCUUAAUGUUAUGGUGCUGAAAACAAAAUAUUGAUCAAAG